AUGGACAGAAAGAAGUUAUUAUUUGAAAACAAUUUGAAAAGUAAUUGUUAAGAUCUUAUGGCUGGAAUAAGAGAAACAAAAGCGAAGGUAAAUGAAAUCCGUUCUAGGUGUGAUUCCAUUAAAAGAGGGAGUUCUAAAUAGCCUUUUGAAGUUAAUAAUAAGUCUUAUGAAAUAUCAACUAAAACAAGUGGGAGUUUUAUCAAUUUGAAGGAUAAUGAUGUUUCUUAUCUAAAAAAGAAAAUUGAAGAUUUGCAAUUCAGAAUAGAUUCAUAGGACUCAAAACUAAAGGCAAGGGAGAAGGAGAUUGUGUAUCAGCAAUCCCAAAUCAAAUAGUUUGUACUAGAGAUUAAUGAAAUUCAAAUAAUCGAAGACAAUUACAAAGAGGAGAUAUCAGUUUUGAAUAAGGAAAUAUCAUAAUGGAAGGAAAAGUACUUUGCAAAUCUCAAGGAGUAUCAGUUUCGUUAAGCUCAAUAAUCUCGAUAGUCGUAAUAAGAGCAAGGCCUCAUGAGGAAGAAGUAUGAAGAAAUAAUCGAAUAGCAAUAAAGAGAAAUGGAAUCUAUUGAAAUUAGAUUUGAAAAUGAGAGGGAAAAUCUCUAUAGGGCACUUGAACUAUAGAAUAAAACUUAGUCGAAAAACAACGAAUUGAAUGAAUUGAUAAUUCAAUUGGAAGAUAAAGAAAGUGAAACCCAUAAAUUAAAAGAAAAGAUUUAAGUGUUGGAGACGAACAAGGAAGAAUUAAAAUUACAUCUAUAAUAAUAGACUUCUAAACUGAAUGAAUAAAUCAAUAAAAAUAAUUAUAUUGAAUAAUAAAGGAAUCAAGAAAUCUAAAAUCUUUAAUUUCAAGUACAAGUUAAAGAUAAGCAAAUCCAAAAUUUAUUAAGCCAAAUUGGAGAAUAGAGAAACAAAACGAAUUUAUAGGAUUAGGAGAGACUGCAAUAAUUAGAAAAUCUAAAUAAUUAACUAGUUUAGGAGAUAAGCGUAUUGGAAGGGGAACUUGCAAAAUUGAAACAAUAAGCUAAAGAUUUUCAGAAGGUAACUUAAUUAGAAAAAGAGAAUGAAAAUCUCUAGAUGAUAAUAUAAGAUCAAAAAGUAUAGAACCAUGAUACAAAAUAAUAAUUAAAGUUGCUUUAAGAAGAAAUUAAUUAAUUAAAAGGAUAAAAUUAGAAUAAAUCUAAUACAAUUUAAUUAGAAUAAGAAAUUAAAUAUUAUGCAAGACUAUUAAGUGAAUUAUAGGAAGAGAAUGGAAAGCUUUAGAAUUAGUUGCUGGACUUUGAAGAAAUAAAUGAGGAACUACUACUAUUGAGAAGGAAUAAUGAGGAAUUAUAAUAAUAAUAAACUGAAGAUUCCAAAUUGGUAGAAGACUAAUCUUUGAAAAUCAUAUAGUUAGAAUAAGAGUUAAAUCAUUUAAGACAAUAAAAUUAGUAGGAAUCUAUAAUAAAAGAACUGAACAAAUAAAUAGAAUAAUUAAAUUAGAUCAAUAAAGAAAGGGAAGCUGAAAUACUUUAUUAGUAGGAUUUGCUAUUAAAAUAAAAUGUAAAUUCAAAAGAGUUUGAUAAAUUAAUAACAGAAUAAAAGGCUGAAAAUAAGGAGUAUUAGAUAUAAAAUAACUAAUUGACAAACUAAGAAUUAAAAAAAAGUUAGUUGGAGAUUGAAUCAUAUAAUAAAAAACAUGAAGAAAAUUUACAAAAAAUGCAGACUUUAGAAAAAGAUAAAUAAUAAAUUUAAAAUAAUUUUGAUCAUCACAUAAAAGAAAUAUAAAAAAAAGAUGCUGAAAAGUUAUCAAAUUUCACAUAAUUAGAAAAUGAAAAUGCAAAAUUGUAUUAACAGAGAAAUAAAUUAUAAGAAAGAAUUGGAGAAUUAGAAGAGGCAGCCAAUCAACAAUAGAUUGAAUUAAGUAAUCUUAAAAAAGAUAAUGAAGAACUUCUAAAUCAAUUGGAAACUUAAAAUUCUCACUUAAUUGAUAAUAAUGAAUAGGUUUAGAAAGUAAACUUCUUAAAUCAGGAGUAGUAAAAUAUUAUAAAUGAGAAGGAGCUAUUUAUUAAAUAACUAGAAUCCUAGAAUCAAGAGUUAGAACUUAAAGUAGAAAAAUUAAGUAUUGAGAUACAAGAACAAUAAGAGUAACAGUAGAAUUUCGAGAAUUAAUAAGAAGGAAAUGAUUAAGAACUCUUAUUGUAGGAAAUUGAUUUGUUAAAACAAAAAAAUUAAGAAUUAGAAAACUAACUUAAUUAAUAAAUUGAUGAUGAUGCAGAAGAAAUAGAUAAAUUGGAAAAGGAACUCUAUCAUUAGAAAUAGAAUUAUAAUGAGUUAAAAAUAAAUUUAGAAGAGCUAUAAACUGGUAAGGAAGAUUCGCAGAAAAGAGCGGAAGAAAAGGAUGAAGAAAUAGAGAGAUUAAAAUAGAUUGUAUUUGAAUAUUAGGAGUAAUAAGAUGAAUCAAAAAAAUAAAUAGAAGACUUAUACAACAAUCAAAAAGAAUUGGCAAUUGAAUUGAGUGAAAAUCAGAAAAUCAUUUAGGAUUUAGAAUCAACAAUAGUUGAAAAAGAAGAAUAAAUUAAAAAUCUUUAAUAACAAACACCUUAAAAUGAUUUUAUAAAUUAGGAGACAGAGAAACUAAUGUUUUAAGUGAAAUAAAUGUAAGAAUAGAUUGAAGAUUAAAAUUAAACAAUACUACAAUUAGAAAAUGAAUUAAAUAAUAAAGAUUCAUAAUUAAAAUAGAAAUUAUAUGAAAUUAGAUAAAUGAGUUUAUAAACACAAUUAAUAGAAAUCAAAUUAACAAGGGAAAUUGAAGACCUAAAAAAUAAAGCAUUUGAAGCUAUUUAAUAGAGGGUGAAAUACGAAAACGAACUAUUGAAAUUUUAAUAGGAAUCAGAAAAACAAAUAGAAUUAUCAAGAAUAGAGCCAAAUAAUUAAUAAUGCACCUAUGAAAAUGAAGAUUUAAGUCAUAUUGCUUUGGGAAAAGCUCCUGAAGCAGAAGAUAAUUAAGAAGAAUAUUCAUAAAGUUUUGAAGAGUAUUAAGAGGAAAUUGAAGUUAAAGACUAAGAAAAAUAGGAAGAAUUGUAAGAACCUCAGAUUAAUAUAAUUUAAAUUGAAGAGGCUCCAUAAAUAGAAUUAGAUAAAGAAGAAAAUGAGGAGGUCUUUGAAUUGUGUAAUGCAUAAAAACAAGAAGAGAAUUCAGACUAGGAGUUAAAGGAGCCAAUUGCUGAGAUCAUCUAAGACGAUGAAUACCAAUAAAUCGAAUUAGAUGAAAAACCAAAAGAUUAAUUUGGAAUUAAUUAAAAGUAUGAAACACAGAAUUUGUUAGAACUUGAAGAACCUGAAAUUAAAAUAGUUCAAAUGAUUUAAUAGCCAUAAAUCGAAUUAGAUUCACAGAAAAAAAAUCAAGAAGAAGUUUUUGAAUUAGGAAAUGCAGCAGAUGAAGAAGAUGAUGAAGAAGAACUCAAACAAGUUGUUUGUGAAAUAGUUUAAAAUCCACCUAAUAUAUAGAUUGAGUUGGAUUAAGGAGAUAAUAAUAUUCCACAUUAAUAGAAUCAAACAAAUAAUCUUGGGGUAGAAAAUCCAAAGGAGAAACCUAAAGUUGAAAAAGAUCUUCUAAACUUAUUAGAUCUUUAGGAACCUGUAACAGAGAUAGUUUAAGUUGAAUAGUAUGUAUAAUUGGAAUUAGAUUAAGAGAAUUUUGAAUUAAAAGAACCUGAUCAGCAAUUAGAAGAAGAAGUUGAAAUUCAACUAGAUAAGAAACCUUAAGAGUUUCCUGGGUAAUAUUUAGAAGAGGAAGAGGAAUUAAGGAAUGAUUCAUAAUUAGAAUGA